GGAUGGUAUGUAUAAAUGAAACCAUUUUGUAACUAAUGUAUGUCUGUUUCUAAGGGUUAUGGUGGAUAUGAGCAAUCUGGUGCUUCUGGAUAUGGACAAAGCCAAAGUGGGUAUGGUUCAAGUUAUGGACAAGGACAGUCAGGGAUGAAUUCAUCUCAGUCGUCAACAGGCUAUCGACAGGGUGGGCACAGCUAUGGGAGUGGGAGUGAGAGCUCCCACAAUACUUAUGGACAGCAACCGUUGUAUGGAAAUUACGGGCAGCAUUCAGAUUCUCCUAGCAGCCUAGGCAAAUUUAUUCUACUUACCCCUGAUUGACUUAUUGUAACAUGGGAUUGACUCCGAGCCCUGGUUCUCCCAAUCCCGACUUCCACUUUGAACAGCUGCAGCACAAGAACUCAAACGGUAAGUAAACCUUCAUCCUGCGGCUAUUGCAUGACCAUUGUUAAAGUACACUUAAUGUAUUUGGGUGCAGAGUGCUCUUAUCCACUACAAUCCUGAAUUCACAAUGCAGUUGUGUAGUUGUAACUUUCUUAGCAAUAACCCAUUUCUGCUGUGCUGAUUGUAUCUUGUUUCUGCUUUAAAAUCAUUUGAUGUGUGAGAUGUAUUAUUAAAUUCCAUUGAAAGGACACUUGAUACCAGGUUAUGGAGCUGUUUUGAUUUCAAUUGAAACUCCAUUAAUGCCAAACUCAUGACUUUAUUCCACCAUAACCUUAACUCUUGGGAAUCUAGUGACCUUUUUUGGUUCCCAGGACAGGAGUUUACAGCAUUUUUUUUUCCUUCCUCUUUUUGGUCACGCCACCAAAGCCUUAUUAACCAUGCUAUUUCAAUUUUUACCCUUCAAGUACAGGUUCCUCCCAGAGGAUAAAACUGCAUCCUUAUCUCCUGAAGACUCUCUAUGGAACAUGCUGUAGUAUGAUGCAAUUGGUGUUGCAAUUUUCCAAAAGCUUCUAUCUAAAAAUGAGACUUGGUACUUAUUUACUGGCAUUCAGCUUGGAAUUAUC